AUGAGGCAACUGCAGUCUGACCCUAUUGCAAGUUGUGAAUUGGAGAAUAGAAGUUGGUCAGCUGAAUUUAUGCUUCUUGGAUUCCCUAAACAAAGAGAUACAAGCAUCGCACUUUUCAUGUUUUUUAUGAUGGUCUAUGUGUUGACCCUCCUGGGAAACAUAACCAUAAUUUCACUCACUAGAAUUGACUCCUCUCUAAGAACACCUAUGUAUUUUUUCCUUAAUAACUUCUCUUUCCUUGAGAUAGGUUACACCACAGUCACUGUACCCAAAAUGCUUGACGCUUUGUUGACUGGAAACAUGGCUAUCUCAUUUAACUGUUGCCUUACUCAAAUGUAUUUCUUUUUCCUUUUUGGCACCACAGAAUUCUUUAUUCUGGCUUUAAUGGGAUUUGAUCGUUAUCUGGCCAUCUGCCACCCACUUCACUAUGUUAACAUCAUGAACAGAUCAUUAUACUACAAACUCGUCAUUGGGUCUUGGAUAAGUGGAUGUAUGGUGCCAACUGUACCUACUAUUGUCCUUUCUCAUAAACCCUUUUGUGGCUCAAAAACUAUUAACCAUUUCUUCUGUGAUGUUGGCCCUUUGGUAAAAUUGUCUUCUUCAGACACGUUAUUCUUAGACAUCAUAGUUUUACUGGUGUCAGCUGUAGUGGUUCUUGGAUCCUUAUCUCUUGUUACUGUAUCCUACAUUUUCAUAAUUUCAGCCAUACUAAGGAUAUCUUCAAGAUCUGGCCGCCACAAAGCUUUCUCCACUUGUGCAUCACAUUUUUCAGUUGUGACCAUUUUCUUUGGAACCGUUAUAUUCAUGUACCUUCGUCCAUCUUCUGGUGAAAACUAUGAAAUUGACAAAGUCAUUUCAGUGUUUUAUUCCGUUGUUACACCAGCACUGAAUCCUCUGAUUUACAGCUUUAGAAAUAAGGAUGUAAAAAAGGCAUUAAUAAAAUGUAUCCAUGUAAAAAAACAUUCUUGGGGAAAAAUCGGAGUAGCUCACUCAAUUGAACUUAAGAUGUUCUAG